AUAUAAGCACAGAAUAUACAUACCCGUGAUAGCAGCUAGAGGAACAUGGACUUACAGCAUAGAGGUCACCCCUACGCGAUACCAGAGGAUGAAGAGAUCGCUCACAGGGUCUCUCACAAUGCCUACAACUCGGCGGGAAAUGAAGGCGAGAAACCAGUGUCGAAACUGCAGCGUAGGCACAGUGACAUUAAACUCUACAAAGAGUUUUGUGACUUCUACGCAAAAUUCAACAUGGCAAACGCACUCGCAAAUGCUAUCUGUGAGCGCUGUAGAGGGGGCUUUGCACCAGCAGAGAAAAUUGUCAACAGCAAUGGUGAGCUGUACCACGAGCAGUGCUUCGUGUGUGCCCAGUGCUUCCAGCAGUUUCCUGAAGGGCUCUUCUAUGAGUUUGAAGGGAGGAAGUACUGCGAACAUGAUUUUCAAAUGCUUUUUGCCCCUUGCUGCCAUCAGUGUGGUGAGUUCAUUAUUGGCCGUGUUAUUAAAGCUAUGAACAACAGUUGGCACCCGGAAUGCUUCUGCUGUGAUAUCUGCCAACAAGUAUUGGCAGAUAUUGGAUUUGUCAAGAAUGCUGGCAGACAUCUCUGCCGUCCCUGCCAUAACAGGGAAAAAGCCAGAGGCCUGGGAAAGUACAUUUGCCAGAAGUGCCACGCCAUUAUUGACGAGCAACCCCUCAUUUUCAAAAAUGAUCCCUAUCACCCUGAUCAUUUCAACUGUGCAAACUGCGGGAAGGAACUUACUGCUGAUGCUCGUGAGCUGAAGGGAGAAUUAUAUUGUUUACCCUGCCAUGACAAAAUGGGCGUCCCCAUCUGUGGAGCAUGUAGAAGACCAAUUGAAGGACGUGUGGUGAAUGCUAUGGGCAAACAGUGGCACGUGGAGCAUUUCGUUUGUGCAAAAUGUGAGAAGCCAUUCCUGGGUCAUCGUCAUUACGAGAGAAAAGGCCUGGCCUAUUGUGAAACCCACUACAAUCAGCUCUUCGGUGAUGUAUGUUUCCAUUGCAAUCGUGUGAUUGAAGGAGAUGUUGUAUCUGCUCUGAAUAAGGCAUGGUGUGUGAACUGUUUUGCUUGUUCAACCUGCAACACUAAGUUAACGCUCAAAAAUAAAUUUGUUGAGUUUGAUAUGAAGCCUGUCUGCAAAAAGUGCUAUGAGAAGUUUCCUCUAGAGCUGAAGAAAAGACUGAAGAAAUUAGCUGAAACUGUGGGAAGGAAGUGAAGACUUCUUCUGCUCUCCCCUUUCCUUAUGAAAAUGUUGUAUCUGUUACUUGGGAGGGACUCUGAGGCUGUAAUCAGACAACAGAUUACAAUGCGUGCCUUUCAUCUUGAAAUGCUCCAUUCUCUCUGUGAGUACACGUACAAAUACAGAUUUGUUGAUAAACAGACCACGCUUCUGUCAACUCCCCUGAGAGGUUUCUGACCCUGAUAAUGCACCCAUACACGAGGGCCAUUGAGCACAGUAAUCUCUGAGGAAUUUUAGGUUGAGAAAAUAUGCUUGUGAGUACCUGCAAAAGCACACUGUGCAAACAGGCCCAACGUUAUGGGCAUGCAGUGUCAUUUAUAUUAAUGAAAAUAUCAGCAUGCAAAUGGAGCAUGCAUACAAAAUUCCCCGUGGCCUGGGCAAGAAACCAAACAUACCUCAUUUCCCGGAGAAAAUAAUGCUUAGAUUUCAGGUCCAAUAGUCCCACUGAGGAGCCUUGUUGAAGGUGGUUGAAAAGUACCGCAUGGCUACACACAGUCACUGGACAAAUGCCCUGCUUCCCAUAGUUUGUACUUGCACGCUGAAUCUCUGUACAUCAGCCUUAGCAUGAAAUAUCUGUAUGAAGUCUAAUUCCCACUGCAAGAAACAAGUGUACUCAGAUCUACUUGAAUUUUGCUGUAUUCCAUUCAGAAUAACACAUUAACUUUUAUAUAAGCUCUUGCCUUUGAUUUCCUUUUUGUGCCUUAUUCUGCCGGACCAUAUGUAACAGUGUUCCAUUCAAUGUAUAUCUAUAGUUUUAUUUGUAUUUCUUAUUUUUGUGCAGAAACUUUGUAUGAGGUAUUUUCAAAAGAUAACAAAAUUUGCCUUAAUUAUCCAGGAUGCAAGAGGAACUUUGCUUCGGGUGUGAACACCUGAGGUUGAAGUUUAGCUUCUAGGCUUCCCUGACUUCUGGAACAGCAAUGAAAAGGCGUAUUUGAGUUAACUGGCAAUAUUACUUUUACACUGUGAGUGUAAAUAUGUGAAGGUUGAUCCUACUGGGAUCUGUUUCUUCAGCCAUCUUCAAGAACUGUGCUCACAAAUCGUCAGAAUUCACUGUAGUAUGCUUGGGCUUGCUUUAUACUGUUGACUUCUGUCCCUGAAAGCUUGCUCUUCCCUUUUCUGUCCAAAAUACCAUUACUUAGGAAUUCUUGAUGGUACUGUUAGCAAGUAUGCAAACCUUUUUUUUUUUUUUUUUUUUUUUCAUAUUAGAAACACAAUUUUUAUAUCAUUACUUCAUAGCAAGCAAAAUUUUCUUUCCUGUUUAUGGAAAAACAAAUGCUUUGGGACAUCUUUCCAGUGUCAUCAAUAAAGGCUAAUGUUAUUAAAA